AGUAGAGGUGGCCAGUGAGUGUGGCAGCCCCGGGAGGGCAACAGUGUGUAUGUAUGAGUGAGUGUGAACGCGUGAAUGUGUGUGUGUUCUGCGCGGGACCAGUUAGCAAAAGAUGAACAAAAACCACCGAGCGCCGAGUAACCGGAGUCUGAACGCCGUGGAGGUGAAGAGCAAGUUUGGAGCAGAGUUCCGACGCUUUUCUCUGGAUCGCUCCAAGCCGGGCCGCUUCGAAGAGUUCUACGGCCUCCUGCAGCAUGUGCACCGCAUUCCCAACGUGGACCUCCUAGUGGGUUACGCCGACGUCCACGGUGACCUGCUGCCAAUCAACAAUGACGACAAUUACCACAAGGCCAUCUCCACAGCGGCACCUUUGCUCCGCCUCUUUCUGCAGAGAAAAGAGGAGGCAGACUACUCAGCAUUCUGCACAGACACACUGACCCGUAAGAAGACUCCCCUUUCCUCGGUUCUCCUACGUCCCGAUGCAGGCCGGAAAAAACCGGCAGUGGUCAUAAGCCUGCCCCGCGACUUCCGUCCGGUCUCCUCGAUCAUCGACGUGGACGUACUACCCGAGACACACCGGCGUGUGCGGCUGUACAAGCACGGACAGGAAAAGCCGCUAGGUUUCUACAUCCGCGACGGCUCGAGCGUGCGGGUCACGUCGCACGGCCUGGAGAAAGCGCCGGGUAUCUUCAUCUCGCGCUUGGUACCCGGCGGCUUGGCGGAAAGCACGGGCCUGCUGGCCGUCAACGACGAGGUGCUCGAGGUGAACGGCAUCGAGGUGAGCGGCAAGUCUCUGGACCAGGUCACGGACAUGAUGGUCGCCAACAGCCACAACCUCAUCAUUACGGUAAAGCCGGCUAACCAGCGCAACAAUGUGGUGCGCCACCAUAACAACGGCGGAGCAGCAUCAGGCAGCUCGGGACGGUCCUCGGACAGCGGAGCCAGCUAUUACGGCUACGCGACACCCGGAGCUGUGGUGUCCGCUCCGGCACCGAUCAUCCAGAACUUUGGGCCGGAUGAAAUCGAGAGCGACGAGGACGACGAGGACAUGGUGAUCGAGACCGGUGGGGAUACCAGCCUCAUACCAGGGUCGCUAGCUUCGGCCAGUUUUAGCAUGCCCUCUCUGCCCAGGUACGAGCCCCAUUUUGACCUGCGGCCCUCCAACGGUGCCAUAAUGAGCAGCUCCAGUAUGGGUUCGCUAAAGGGCAUGGAGAGACAGAGCUUAGAGGAGGAUGGAACAGUGAUAACGCUGUAGCAGCAGAACAUAAACUGCACACACACACUUACACUGUGCACACACUACAGAUACUGUAUACAUGCAGUAUGCAGCAGUUUAUUGAGAGGCGUCUACAGGAAAUCUGACAUAUGCUAUAUGCAUACACGCCAACGCUAUCAUGUGCCAUAGGACGAAAAAGGCCUUUCUUCAUUAGAUUACCAAGUCAUAUCUCAAACAGGAGCAACCUGAAGAAUUGUCUCUACUACAUCAUACAUACAGCACUUACUCCAGAAGGAUGGCACACACUUUAAUUCCUUCAUGACUGGGAGCAUAAUAAUAAUAAUAAUCAUCAGUCGGAUAAUAAUUACUUAAAAAUAGUGAAUGAUUGCACAAGUUUGCAGACUCUUCCCGCCUGUGAACUACAGAGAAGACUUCUGGGGCACAAAAUCAGUGAUGACAAUCUGCUGUUCAUAUAGGAGGACUGUUGAAGCCUUUUUUUUUUUACUGUACACCACUAGUUCAGCUGGUGUUUGAUUCCUGAUCACUUUUUUAACCAUCUUUUU